AUGAAGAAGUUUGGCUUUGGAAAGAAAGGCGACGACGGCGAGGAUGCCAGCCGCCACGCUCUCUUUGGUCGCAAGAAGUCGUCUCAAUCCGUCUCCUCCGAUAACCCCUACGCCAAACAAGGCGGCAAAGAUCCAUACGCCGACGAUGCGAAAUACGCCAACGUAACUCCUUACCAGCAAGCCCGCGCUGGCGUCAACAACGCUCCUGGAGGCCCCGGAGGUCCUGGUGCCCAGUCUUACAAUGCCCCCUCUCCCUCUCCUGCCCAAGGAGGCCACAGCCCUCAACCCCCGAGCGGAUACGGUGCUGAUCGAUAUGGAUCCGGCGGUGGUUACGGCGGAAACCGAUACGGCGAUGCUGCCCCACAGAACCGAUAUAAUAACGCUGGCCCGGCUCCUGGUGCAAGAGGUCCUGGUGGCUAUGGUGGUUUUGGCCCCAGCGAACCUGACAGCAACCGAGAUAACUUGUUCGCUGGUGCUCAGGAACGUCAAGCCCAGAAGCAGCCCGCCACCAAUGAGCCACAAUCAGGAGCCGCUGGUGGCUCAUAUGGUGGUUACGGCGAGGAGCGCGAGUUGACGGCUGAGGAGCAAGAAGAAAUCGAAUAUCAGUCUAUUCUUGCCGAGAAGCGACAACUUCAGCAGGACAGCGCAUCCUCAGUUAACCGAUCAGUGCAAAUGGCUCGACAAGCUAACGAAGUCGGCCGAGCCACCCUUGCUCGUCUGGGAGCUCAGGGCGAGCGUCUGAACAACACUGAAAAGCAUCUUGAUCUGGCUGCUAACCAGAACAAGAUCGCCCAGGAUCGGGCGGCUGAACUCAAGACACUCAAUGGCAGCAUGUUCGCUGUUCAUGUUAGCAACCCCUUCACUUCCAAACAGCGCAAGUUGAAGGCGGACGAGGAAGUUAUGACGCGUCACCGAAACGAACGAGAACAGCGAGAGGCAACUCGCCGUGACGGUUUCCAAGCCAACCAGCGCAUGGAGGGCAAUUUCAAAGAAAUAGGCGGCGCUGCCAGACCACGACAGCAACCCCGCAAGAAGGACUACGGCAAGUUCAACCUAGAUGAUGAAGAGGGAGCGGAGGAACUGGAGGACCAGAUCGACGAUGGUAUCGAAGAACUCUCAGGACAGGUGUCCAUGAUGAACAUGGUCGGCAGAGCCAUUGGCAAGGAGGUUGACACGCAGAAUAAGCAGAUCGACCGAAUUAUGAACAAGAGCGAUGCUGUUGAUGAUGCUACGAGAAUGAACCGAGAACGCUUGGCCCGUAUCAAGUGA